UUGAGUCUUCGCAGGGGGGCCGCUGCUGGCUGCUGCUCGUGUCUUCAACCCGCUGGGAGGCCAUCCGACACGCCGCUCACAGCUUUUUUGCAUACAAAAGAAAGAGCAGCGAUGUUCGGGCUUUCUACUUCUUUAAUUUGAGGCGACGAAAGAAAAAAAAAGAAACGGCGGCUUGACUUUUUGGGGUGGGGGGGAAUGCUUGUCCACACCGCCGGGAAAGAGGAGAGAGUGACAGUCACUUCUGUCCGUUCCCAUUUGGAGACAUGCGUGAUCGCAAAGCUCUGCUGCUGCUGAUUGUUCUACUGUUGGAUGGAACUGGAGCCUUUGGGCUGAAAGCCACAGGAUGGCCGCUGCAUUCCCAGAAGCCCUUGCUGCUGGCGUGGAACGCCCCGACGGAGGACUGCUUCCCCCGGCACCGCGUUUCUCUUCAGCUCGACCAGUUCCAGAUCGUGGCCUCCCCCAACGAGGGCUUCGUAAAGCAGAACCUUACCAUCUUUUACAAUGACCGCUUGGGUCUGUACCCCCACUACGAGCCGGACGGAACGCCCGUCAACGGGGGUCUGCCGCAGGCCGCCAGUUUGGCGCAGCACCUGGACAAGAUGCCAGAUGGGGUGAAGAAGUACAUAAGGGAGCCGAGCGCCAAAGGCCUGGCUGUUAUUGACUGGGAAGAAUGGCGCCCCCUUUGGAUACGCAACUGGGAGGCUAAGGACAUUUACCGCAGGAAUUCUCGUGACCUGGUGCGACUAAAAAACCCCACCUGGCCGCCCGAGCGGGUGUUCAAAGUGGCGAUGCAGGAGUUCGAGAUGUCCGCCAAGAAGUUCAUGCUCGAGACGCUGAAACUGGCCAAGCACCUGAGGCCCAACCAGCUUUGGGGCUUCUACCUGUUCCCGGACUGCUACAACCACGACUACAGGCGCACCCUGGAGAGUUACACGGGCCGCUGCCCCGACGUGGAGAUGGCGCGCAACGAACAGCUCAAGUGGCUGUGGACUGAGAGCACGGCGCUCUUCCCCUCCAUCUACAUGGGCAAGGUGCUGCGGUCCUCCCUCUCCGGACGCCAGUUCGUGAGGAACCGUGUAAAGGAGGGCAUGCGCUUGGCGUCGUCGGGUGACGGGCUGGCGCGACCCGUCUUUGUGUACACUCGACCCACCUACAUAAACUCUCUGGAGCAGUUGACAGAGAUGGACUUGGUGUCCACCAUCGGGGAGAGCGUGGCUUUGGGAGCAGCGGGCAUCAUCCUGUGGGGAGAUGCGGCCUACGCCAGCAACAAAACCACCUGCUCGGAGCUGGACGCUUAUCUCCGGGGUCCAUUGGGCAAAUACCUCCUUAACGUCUCCACGGCAGCCGAGGCAUGCAGCCAGGCUCUGUGCUCUUCCCAUGGCCGCUGUCUCCGGAAGGACCCUGACGCCGACGUUUACUUACACCUGAACCCCGACACACACAGCGUGCGGGUCGGUUCCGGCGGCAGGCUGGAGGUAGUGGCAGAGCCGGCCCGGGUGGACCGGGCGGGCUUCAGUGUCGAGUUCCGGUGCCAAUGCUACAGCGGCUUUGAAGGGGAGCGCUGCGAGAAGAUGGAUCCUCUGUACCAGAUAGGAGAGGCGAAUAUAAUCUCCGCGUCGUCACGGCAUCUUGUGAUUUUACUGCUCUUUUUGGUCGGGGUGCAACACAUACUGUAGACUAGGACGACUUAAACUUUUGGGGUCCUUAGAAACCAUUAUCUGGGUUGAAAAGGUGUGGGGGGGGGGGACUGGGUAAUUGCUAAGGGGGCAAAAUCUCUGGAAAGUUUACAAUAAAUUUCUGUGGGCAGUUUAGAUGAGGAAUUUUGGAAAUAUUGUAAUAUUGUAAAUUGGAAACUUUCCAAGUGAAUUUUGGGAGUUUUUGAUAAUUUAAUGGAGAUCAUAUUCGAGGAUAAAUACAACAAAAACAUUCACAAAAAAAUUGGAUGUUAUCCCUAUAAUAACAGGUCUGUUGUUCUAAAAAAUACACAAAUAAAUAAAUAAUUGUAUUCAUGCAGGGCUUUCAGAUUUGUCAUGAAGUGUCAAAAUCAUGUCAAAGCUUUAAAGUGCCCUUAAAACUGAGGUAAAGGAGAGGAAAUUGUUUGUUGUGUUUUUUUGUUUGGUACAUGUGUAGAGGUAGUUAUGUACAUUGUAAAUGAUGGGCUGCCAUAAUUGAUUGCAAAUCAUUGUGUGGAUCCCUAAGCUUUUGCUCGCAGACCCCAGUUUGAGAACUACUGUUGUAGACACACACACAUACACCUGUCUGGUGCCUUUCAAAUGCUGUAAAACAUGGAUGACACAAAGUGAUUUUUUUUUUCGUUUUGUUUUUUUUUUGAGAAACACUGUUAGGAGUGGAGGAGAGGAGGAAAAAAAAAGUUUUAGUAACUUUUUCACCUAGUGAGGCCUUAACUGGAAUGACUGUUUACGUUUUGCUCCAAGUUUCCUGGCCCUCGCCGUGUCUCCCAAAGGUGUCAGAUUCCACGUUUCUCACAGUGGACGAGGAUGUUUGCUGAAGGAAAUGUGACCAGUCAAGUGCAUGGACGUCAGUAGCCGAGCUGACUCGAGUUUGACGGAGGCCAUUGCAAUAUUUAUUUGAAUGUACUUUAGCUGUUACCACGUGAAAAUUCUGUGCCUUAAAUGCCACCACGACUACUAAUUUACUACUUCAGAGUGAAAUGACAUUUAUUGUUGAAAAUGAGAGAUUAAAUUCAAGCACAACUGAUGUAAAGAGCAAAUGCAUUUCUGAAUAAUAAAUACAUU